AAGGCCUGGAAAAAAUAACCAAAAAAGGAGACCUGGAAGAAGUCAAGUCAAGCUUGGACCUCAGUAAAGGCUGAAAAGAAGCUAAAACGGAUCAAAUAAAGUUGAGUAAAGGAAUGGGAGGAUGAGACAGACCAUUCCAAUUCAAUGGAAAGGGAUACAACCAACGGUGACAAUGGAUACAACAAUGUCAGCAGAAGGGGAAGAAAGGAGUGUUAACUUGACUUCUUCUAUCAACCCCUCACUCUAUCAAUCUUGCAGCAUUGAUGAAUCCUAUAAAUAUAUCUUCCUCCCUCUCUGCUACUCCUUCACCUUUGUCUUCAGCAUCUCCCUAAACUCUAUUGUCCUGUACCGCUCUUUCCACCGCACCAAGCGCUGGAACGCCUCCCUCAUCUACAUGGUCAACCUAGCCUCCACUGACUUCAUGUAUGGCCUCUCACUGCCCUUCCUUGUGGCAAGUUACAUCAUGCGGGACCGAUGGGUGUUCGGGGAUUUUAUGUGUCGCCUGGUCCGCUUCCUCUUCUACUUCAACCUAUACUGCAGCAUCUUUUUCCUCACCUGCAUUUCUGUGCACCGCUACUUGGGAAUCUGCCACCCUAUGAAAACUAUCACUAUGGAGACCAAACGGGUGGUCAAGGGGACCUGUGUUUUGGUAUGGGCUGUUGUGUUUGCCUUGACUAGCCCGAUCUUCCGUUUUGCCCAGACAGGUGAUCUCACCAGGGAAACGGAAGGGGGUGCUGGGGGCAAUGGAGUUAGCAACAGAGUUAACACAGGGGUAGUGGAGGCCUUCCAGAACUGCUGGGAUGAUGCCAUUGACAAGGAGUUUUCAGACUAUGUCCCUUAUGGGAUAGUGCUCCACCUGUUAGGGUUUUUUGUGCCAUUCACUAUCAUUGCCUGGUGCUAUUCCCAUGUGGUCUUGACAAUCUUUCGAACCUUGCGCACACAACCCCCACUCGAGGGAGGUGAAGGAGGAACAGGUCGGGGCCGUGGAGGAAGGGAGGGGAUGUCUGUUGUUUUGGGACCCCAUUCGCCCUAUGUCCACAGACGUCGGAAGUUCAUCAAAACCAUCAUUACUAUUACUUUACUGUUUGCACUGUGUUUCUUCCCCUUCCAUGUAACUCGAACCCUUUUUCUGAUACUGAAAGUGACCAAGGGAGUAAAAUGUCACACCAUGCGGAUGGUCUCCAUCUGUUACAAAAUCACAAGACCACUGGCUUCGUUCAAUGCAUGGUUAAAUGCUUUACUGUAUUUCCUCACAAAGGACAAGGGAGGACCCUGUUGCCCUCCACCUGACCCUUCCCACAACGGCCUCCUCUGGCCACUUCGGAUGCUGGGAAGAGCAGGAGAUGAAGAGGAUGGUGCUGGAGAAGCAGCAAACAAUAAAGACAAUGAGUCCAAAUCAUCUGGAAAUAAUAUAUUUUGAGGUAUGGUUUAAAAGAUAAUGUAGAGUGAGAAAUGGUGAGCCUCUUGUGGAAUGGGCAGUAAGUUAAGUGAUGAGGAUUCAUAAGAACUCACAGCUUGAACUCAGGAACUCAUUUGAAGAUCUAUGACCCACGGGUCAUUGUUUUG